AGACUGCCGUGAGGAAAAAGCAGAUGUGAGAACUCAAGGUUCAGGGCUGCUCUUCUAAGAAACAAGUCUGCCAUAAUCUCCAGCUGUGUUGGAAUCUGUUAACUAAUGAACUGGUCUCUGUGCAAAUCCUGAGUGCUAAAGCUUCCAACAAGACUGAUGCUAGCUCAUGUCACCAUGAAGAUGCUACAUCAUGCCAAGUGUUUUCAGCACCUAGCAAUUUUUGGUUCUGUGAGGGCAUUGCAUAAAGAUAAUAGAACAGCAACCCCUCAGAAUUUCUCCAACUAUGAAUCCAUGAAACAGGACUUCAAACUGGAGAUUCCAGAGUAUUUCAACUUUGCUAAAGAUGUCCUGGACCAAUGGACUGAUAAGGAAAAGGCUGGAAAGAAACCUUCAAAUCCAGCCUUUUGGUGGAUCAAUAGAAAUGGAGAAGAGGUGCAAUGGAGUUUUGAGGAACUGGGAUCUCUGUCCAGAAAAUUUGCCAAUAUACUUUCAGAAGCCUGUUCCCUACAAAGAGGAGAUCGGGUAAUUCUGAUUCUGCCCAGGGUCCCAGAGUGGUGGCUUGCAAAUGUGGCCUGUCUGCGAACAGGGACAGUUUUAAUUCCAGGAACCACUCAGCUGACCCAGAAAGACAUUCUCUACAGACUACAAUCUUCAAAAGCAAACUGCAUCAUCACCAAUGAUGUUUUAGCCCCAGCAGUAGAUGCUGUUGCACCCAAAUGUGAAAAUCUGCACUCCAAGCUGAUUGUAUCAGAGAACUCCAGAGAGGGGUGGGGGAACCUCAAGGAGAUGAUGAAACAUGCCAGUGACAGCCACACCUGUGUGAAGACAAAACACAAUGAGAUCAUGGCCAUAUUCUUUACCAGUGGAACAAGUGGAUAUCCGAAAAUGACUGCACACACCCACAGCAGUUUUGGUUUAGGAUUAUCUGUAAAUGGAAGGUUCUGGCUAGAUUUGACACCCUCAGAUGUGAUGUGGAAUACCUCAGAUACGGGCUGGGCAAAGUCUGCAUGGAGUAGUGUUUUUUCUCCAUGGAUCCAGGGAGCAUGUGUAUUCACACACCAUUUACCCCGUUUUGAGCCGACUUCUAUCUUGCAAACACUCUCCAAGUACCCCAUCACAGUCUUCUGUUCAGCACCAACUGUAUACCGAAUGCUUGUACAGAAUGAUAUGGCCAGCUAUAAGUUUAAAAGCUUAAAGCACUGUGUGAGUGCUGGGGAACCAAUCACCCCUGAUGUGACUGAAAAAUGGAGAAACAAGACGGGCCUGGAUAUCUAUGAAGGAUAUGGACAGACUGAAACGGUGCUAAUCUGUGGAAAUUUUAAGGGAAUGAAAAUUAAACCUGGCUCAAUGGGAAAACCUUCUCCUGCUUUCGAUGUUAAGAUUGUAGAUGUAAAUGGCAAUGUUCUACCUCCUGGACAAGAAGGAGAUAUUGGCAUUCAAGUUCUACCUAACCGACCAUUUGGCCUUUUUACUCAUUAUGUAGAUAAUCCUUCAAAAACAGCUUCAACUCUACGAGGCAAUUUCUAUAUCACUGGGGACAGAGGAUAUAUGGAUGAAGAUGGGUAUUUCUGGUUUGUUGCAAGAGCAGAUGAUGUCAUAUUAUCCUCUGGUUAUCGAAUUGGACCAUUUGAGGUAGAAAAUGCCCUGAAUGAACACCCUUCAGUUGCAGAGUCAGCUGUUGUCAGCAGCCCAGACCCCAUCAGAGGAGAGGUAGUAAAGGCUUUUGUCGUUCUAAAUCCUGAUUACAAGUCACAUGAUCAAGAACAACUAAUAAAGGAGAUUCAGGAGCAUGUUAAAAAAACUACAGCACCUUACAAAUAUCCCAGAAAGGUAGAAUUUAUUCAAGCGCUGCCAAAGACUAUCAGUGGGAAGACAAAAAGAAAUGAACUGAGGAAGAAAGAAUGGAAGACAAUUUAAAGUUGUUUCAUUAAUUACCAUAUCUAUAAAACAAACAUAGUAUCUGUCAAUCUCUAGAAACCACAAGAUGAUGGAGAGGUGAUAAAAACUGUGGUAGUAUGCUUAGAAACUGUUGAUUUAAAAUAUCUUGUGGUUAUGAUAUCAGAGGCUAAAUUUUGAAAUAAAAUAUUUGGCAAAUUCCUCC